AUGAUCACUACUAUCAGAGUGUAUAAUGACAUUGGAACAUCUACUCUUUGUGUUUAUAACACAAUUCAUUUAUUUCAUCAUUUUUUCCCUUGUGCUAAUGUUUUUGUAAUUUCUUCUUCCGAAAUUAAGACGAGUCAAUGGGUUGAAAAUACUGAUUUGUUAGUCAUUCCUGGAGGUGAGGAUUUGCCAUAUCUUGACAAACUUCAGAUGGAUGGAAUUGAAUUGAUUAAGUCGUUUGUUCUCAAUGGCGGAAAGUUCUUAGGGAUAUGUGCUGGAGCAUAUUUUUCAUCAUCAUACAUUAAGUUCAAUGCAAAUUCACAAUUACCCAUUGAAGGAGAACGUUACUUAAAAUUUUACGAAGGAAAUGCAAUUGGUCCAGUGUAUGAUGGAUAUCAACCAAAUAGUGAGUCAGGUGCACAUAUAGUAAAGAUAAAGUACAAUAAUAGUUAUGCUAAAGUAGAAGGUACUUAUUUUGCGUUGUAUGAAGAUGGCAAACCAUGUGGAUAUACUAGAAGAUAUGGAAAAGGCAAAAUUCUCAUCACGGGAUUUCAUUUUGAGUUUGAUGAACAUUGUUGUUCUCAUUUGUUAAGUCAAUUAAGGUAUGACGAUUUUGAAUUAAGAAGAGAAAGUCUUAUUAGAUACAUUUUAUCAUUAUUGAGUGAUUGA